CACACUGAGUGUGCUGGUGCUCAUCCCAGGUGUGCAGCAGAAAUUGUCACGUCUCCCAUAAGUCACAAUCUUCUAAUAUGCUCAUUGUAUUAAAAGUCAGUAUCUUUGAUAAUUGCUGCAAGAGAGUGAUUCUGGCGCUUCAGAUAUUUUGCAUGAACGAGAGUCGAGGCUGCGCAGAGCAGCUCACGCUGGGACAGCUGCUGGUGCAUUUAAAGAACCACUGCCAGUUUGAAGAGCUUCCUUUUGUCCGUGCAGACUGCAAGGAGAGGGUGCUGCGGAGAGACCCGCGCGACCACGUGGACAAGGCCUGCAAGUACUGAGAGGCCACGUGCACGCACUGCAAAAGCCAGGUCCCCAAGGUCACGCUGCAGAAACACGAGGACACCGAGUGUCCCUGCAUGGUGGUGUCCUGCCCUCACAAGUGCAGCGUCCAGACGCUCCUGAAGCGCGAGUUGAGUGCACACUUGUCAGAGUGUGUCAAUGCCCCCAGCACCUAGUUUAAGCGCUAUGGCUGCGUUUUUCAGGGGACCAACCAGCAGAUCAAGGCCCAUGAGGCCAGCUCUGCCGUGCAGCACGUCAACCUGCUGAAGGAGUGGAGCAGCUCCCUGGAGAAGAAGGUCUCCCUGCUGCAGAACGAGAGUGCGGAGAAGAAUAAGAGCAUCCAGAGCCUGCACAACCAGAUCUGCAGCUUUGAGGUCGAGAUCGAGAGGCAGAAGGAGACGCUGCGCAACAACGAGGCCAAAAUACUUCACCUACGAGUGAUAGACAGCCAGGGGGAAAAGCUGAAAGAGCUGGACAAGGAGAUCCGCCCCUUCCGGCAGAACUGGGAGGAAGCCGACAGCAUGAAGAGCAGAGUGGAGUCCCUGCAGAACCGGGUGACCGAGCUGGAGAGCGUGGACAAGACUGCGGGGCAGGCCGCCAGGAACACAGGCCUGCUGGAGUCCCAGCUGAGCCGGCACGACCAGAUGCUGAGCGUGCACGACGUCCGCCUGGCCGACAUGGACCUGCGCUUCCAGGUGCUGGAGACCGCCAGCUACAACGGCGUGCUCAUCUGGAAGAGCUGCGACUACAAGCGGCGGAAGCAGGAGGCCGUCAUGAGCACGCACCUGUCGCUCUUCUUCGUCAUCAUGUGCGGCGAGUACGACGCGCUGCUGCCCUGGCCCUUCAAGCAGAAGGUGACGCUCAUGCUGAUGGACCAGGGCUCCUCCCGGCGCCACCUGGGCGACGCCUUCAAGCCGGACCCCAACAGCAGCAGCUUCAAGAAGCCCACCGGGGAGAUGAACAUCGCCUCCGGCUGCCCGGUCUUCGUGGCCCAGACCGUGCUGGAGAACGGGACCUAUAUCAAAGACGACACCAUUUUUAUUAAAGUCAUAGUGGAUACUUCGGACCUGCCCGACCCCUGAGGAGCCCAGAGCGGCGCGCGCAGAAGGC